CUCUGUCUCAGUCUCUCUCCAUCUUUCUCUCUAGCUCUCUCUCCAUCUUUCUCUCUAGCUCUCUCCCUGGCUCAGUCUAUAUCUCUCUCCCUGGCUCAGUCUCUCUCCAUUUCUCCCUGGCUCAGUCUAUCCCUCUCUCUCUCUCUCCCUGGCUCAGUCUAUCCCUCUCUGUCUCUAUCUCUCUCCCUGGCUCAGUCUCUCUCUCUCCCUGGCUCAGUCUAUCCCUCUCAGUCUCAUUCUCUCUCUCUCUCUCUCUCCCCCCGGUGUGACGCAAUCAGGCUGCGCCCCGCCCAUGACGUCAUCUCCCGGUUUCGGUUUCGUUUCCCGGUCCGGCAGAGCUCCCCCCCCACCGGCACCGUGCUGCCCUGUCUGGUCCUCCCCCGGCCCUGGCUCUGCGGCCCCGUGAGACACAGCAUGGCGGAAACCGAGAGCGACUCGUGGGAGGAGGAGGAGGGAGAGCGACCGGGGGCGAGGAGACACCGGGGGGAGGACAUCACACAGGUUAUAUUAUUAUUAUUAUUAUUAUUAUUAUUAUUAUUAUUAUUAUACUGUAUAUAGAGAGCGACUGGGGGGAGGACAUCACACAGGUUAUUAUAUUAUAAUAUUAUUAUUAUUAUUAUUAUUAUUAUUAUUAUUAUUAUUAUACUGUGUAUAGAGAGUGACCGGGGGGAGGACAUCACACAGGUUAUAUUAUUAUUAUUAUUAUUAUUAUUAUUAUUAUUAUUAUUCUGUAUAUAGAGAGUGACCGGGGGCGAGGAGACACCGGGGGGAGGACAUCACACAGGUUAUAAUAUCAUCAUCAUCAUUAUUAUUAUUAUUAUUAUUAUACUGUAUAUAGAGAGCGACCGGGGGGAGGACAUCACACAGGUUAUAUUAUUAUUAUUAUAUUAUUAUUAUUAUACUGUAUAUAGAGAGCGACCGGGGGGAGGACAUCACACAGGUUAUAUUAUUAUUAUUAUUAUUAUUAUUAUUAUUAUUAUACUGUAUAUAGAGAGUGACCGGGGGCGAGGAGACACCGGGGGGAGGACAUCACACAGGUUUUAAUAUAAUCAUCAUCAUCAUUAUUAUUAUUAUUAUUAUUAUUAUUAUUAUUAUUAUUAUACUGUAUAUAGAGAGUGACCGGGGGGAGGACAUCUCACAGGUUAUAAUAUCAUUAUUAUUAUUAUUAUUAUUAUUAUUAUACUGUGUAUAGAGAGUGACCGGGGGGAGGACAUCACACAGGUUAUAUUAUUAUUAUUAUUAUUAUUAUUAUUAUUAUUAUUAUUAUUAUACUGUGUAUAGAGAGUGACUGGGGGGGAGGACAUCACACAGGUUAUAUUAUUAUUAUAUUAUUAUUAUACUGUAUAUAGAGAGUGACCGGGGGCGAGGAGACACCGGGGGGAGGACAUCACACAGGUUAUAAUAUCAUCAUCAUCAUCAUUAUUAUUAUUAUUAUUAUUAUUAUUAUUAUACUGUAUAUAGAGAGCGACUGGGGGGAGGACAUCACACAGGUUAUAUUAUUAUUAUUAUUAUUAUUAUUAUUAUUAUUAUUAUACUGUAUAUAGAGAGCGACUGGGGGGAGGACAUCACACAGGUUAUUAUAUUAUAUUAUUAUUAUUAUUAUUAUUGUUAUACUGUGUAUAGAGAGUGACCCGGGGGGAGGACAUCACACAGGUUAUUAUUAUUAUUAUUAUUAUUAUUAUUAUACUGUAUAUAGAGAGUGACCGGGGGGAGGACAUCACACAGGUUAUAUUAUUAUUAUUAUUAUUAUUAUUAUUAUUAUACUGUAUAUAGAGAGUGACCGGGGGCGAGGAGACACCGGGGGGAGGACAUCACACAGGUUAUAAUAUCAUCAUCAUUAUUAUUAUUAUUAUUAUACUGUAUAUAGAGAGCGACCGGGGGGAGGACAUCACACAGGUUAUAUUAUUAUUAUUAUAUUAUUAUUAUUAUACUGUAUAUAGAGAGCGACCGGGGGGAGGACAUCACACAGGUUAUAUUAUUAUUAUUAUUAUUAUUAUUAUUAUUAUUAUACUGUAUAUAGAGAGUGACUGGGGGGAGGACAUCACACAGGUUAUAUUAUUAUUAUUAUUAUUAUUAUUAUUAUUAUACUGUGUAUAGAGAGUGACUGGGGGGGAGGACAUCACACAGGUUAUAUUAUUAUUAUAUUAUUAUUAUACUGUAUAUAGAGAGUGACCGGGGGGAGGACAUCACACAGGUUAUAAUAUCAUCAUCAUCAUCAUUAUUAUUAUUAUUAUUAUUAUUAUUAUACUGUAUAUAGAGAGUGACCGGGGGGAGGACAUCUCACAGGUUAUAAUAUCAUUAUUAUUAUUAUUAUUAUUAUUAUUAUUAUACUGUGUAUAGAGAGUGACCGGGGGGAGGACAUCACACAGGUUAUAUUAUUAUUAUUAUUAUUAUUAUUAUUAUACUGUGUAUAGAGAGUGACCGGGGGGAGGACAUCACACAGGUUAUAUUAUUAUUAUUAUUAUUAUUAUUAUUAUUAUUAUUAUACUGUAUAUAGAGAGCGACUGGGGGGAGGACAUCACACAGGUUAUUAUAUUAUAUUAUUAUUAUUAUUAUUAUUGUUAUACUGUGUAUAGAGAGUGACCCGGGGGGAGGACAUCACACAGGUUAUUAUUAUUAUUAUUAUUAUUAUUAUUAUACUGUAUAUAGAGAGUGACCGGGGGGAGGACAUCACACAGGUUAUAUUAUUAUUAUUAUUAUUAUUAUUAUUAUUAUACUGUAUAUAGAGAGUGACCGGGGGGAGGACAUCUCACAGGUUAUAAUAUCAUUAUUAUUAUUAUUAUUAUUAUUAUUAUACUGUGUAUAGAGAGUGACCGGGGGGAGGACAUCACACAGGUUAUAUUAUUAUUAUUAUUAUUAUUAUUAUUAUUAUUAUUAUUAUUAUACUGUGUAUAGAGAGUGACUGGGGGGGAGGACAUCACACAGGUUAUAUUAUUAUUAUAUUAUUAUUAUACUGUAUAUAGAGAGUGACCGGGGGCGAGGAGACACCGGGGGGAGGACAUCACACAGGUUAUAAUAUCAUCAUCAUCAUCAUUAUUAUUAUUAUUAUUAUUAUUAUUAUUAUACUGUAUAUAGAGAGCGACUGGGGGGAGGACAUCACACAGGUUAUAUUAUUAUUAUUAUUAUUAUUAUUAUUAUUAUUAUUAUACUAUACUGUAUAUAGAGAGCGACUGGGGGGAGGACAUCACACAGGUUAUUAUAUUAUAUUAUUAUUAUUAUUAUUAUUGUUAUACUGUGUAUAGAGAGUGACCCGGGGGGAGGACAUCACACAGGUUAUUAUUAUUAUUAUUAUUAUUAUUAUUAUACUGUAUAUAGAGAGUGACCGGGGGGAGGACAUCACACAGGUUAUAUUAUUAUUAUUAUUAUUAUUAUUAUUAUUAUACUGUAUAUAGAGAGUGACCGGGGGCGAGGAGACACCGGGGGGAGGACAUCACACAGGUUAUAAUAUCAUCAUCAUUAUUAUUAUUAUUAUUAUACUGUAUAUAGAGAGCGACCGGGGGGAGGACAUCACACAGGUUAUAUUAUUAUUAUUAUAUUAUUAUUAUUAUACUGUAUAUAGAGAGCGACCGGGGGGAGGACAUCACACAGGUUAUAUUAUUAUUAUUAUUAUUAUUAUUAUUAUUAUUAUUAUACUGUAUAUAGAGAGUGACUGGGGGGAGGACAUCACACAGGUUAUAUUAUUAUUAUUAUUAUAUUAUUAUUAUUAUUAUUAUUAUACUGUAUAUAGAGAGCGACUGGGGGGAGGACAUCACACAGGUUAUAUUAUUAUUAUUAUUAUUAUUAUUAUACUGUAUAUAGAGAGUGACCGGGGGAGGACUUCACACAGGUUACAUUAUUAUAUUAUUAUUAUUAUUAUUAUUAUUAUUAUUAUUAUUAUUAUUAUACUGCAUACAGAGAGUAACCGGGGGGAGGACAUCUCACAGGUUAUAUUAUUAUUAUUAUUAUUAUUAUUAUUAUUAUUAUUAUACUGUAUAUAGAGAGUGACUGGGGGGAGGACAUCACACAGGUUACAUUAUUAUUAUAUUAUUAUUAUUAUUAUUAUUAUACUGCAUACAGAGAGUAACCGGGGGGAGGACAUCUCACAGGUUAUAUUAUUAUUAUUAUUAUUAUUAUUAUUAUUAUACUGCAUACAGAGAGUAACCGGGGGGAGGACAUCUCACAGGUUAUAUUAUUAUUAUUAUUAUUAUUAUACUGUAUAUAGAGAGUGACUGGGGGGAGGACAUCACACAGGUUACAUUAUUAUUAUAUUAUUAUUAUUAUUAUUAUACUGCAUACAGAGAGUAACCGAGGGGAGGACAUUUCACAGGUUAUAUUAUUAUUAUUAUUAUUAUUAUACUGUAUAUAGAUAGUGACCGGGGGCGAGGAGACACCGGGGGGAGGACAUCACACAGGUUACAUUAUUAUUAUUAUUAUUAUUAUUAUUAUACUGUAUAUAGAGAGUGACCGGGGGGAGGACAUCACACAGGUUACAUUAUUAUUAUUAUUAUUAUACUGUAUAUAGAGAGCGACUGGGGGGGGAGGACAUCACACAGGUUAUUAUAUUAUUAUUAUUAUUAUACUGUAUAUAGAGAGUGACCAGGGGGAGGACAUCACACAGGUUAUAUUAUUAUUAUUAUCAUUCUUAUUAUAUUAUUAUUAUUAUUAUUAUUAUUAUUAUUAUUAUACUGUAUAUAGAGAGCGACCGGGGGAGGACAUCACACAGGUUAUAUUAUUAUUAUCAUUCUUAUUAUAUUAUUAUUAUUAUUAUUAUUAUUAUACUGCAUACAGAGAGUAACCGAGGGGAGGACAUCUCACAGGUUAUAUUAUUAUUAUUAUUAUUAUUAUUAUACUGUAUAUAGAGAGUGACCGGGGGCGAGGAGACACCGGGGGGAGGACAUCACACAGGUUACAUUAUUAUAUUAUUAUUAUUAUUAUUAUUAUUAUUAUUAUACUGUAUAAAGAGAGGGACUGGGGGGGGAGGACAUCACACAGGUUAUAUUAUUAUUAUUAUUAUUAUUAUUAUUAUACUGUAUAUAGAGAGUGACUGGGGGGAGGACAUCACACAGGUUAUUAUUAUUAUUAUUACAUUAUUUUUAUACUGUAUAUAGAAAGUGACCGGGGGGAGGACAUCUCACAGGUUAUUAUUAUUAUUAUUAUUAUUAUACUCUAUAUAGAGAGCGACCGGGGUCGAGGACAUCACACAGGUUAUAUUAUUAUUAUUAUUAUUAUUAUUAUAACAUUAUUUUUAUACUGUAUAUAGAAAGUGACCGGGGGGAGGACAUCUCACAGGUUAUUAUUAUUAUUAUUAUAUUAUUAUUAUUAUUAUACUGUAUAUAGAGUGUGACUGGGGGAGGACAUCACACAGGUUAUAUUAUUAUAUUAUAUUAUUAUACUGUAUAUAGAGAGCGACUGGGGGGAGGACAUCACACAGGUUAUAUUAUUAUUAUUAUUAUUAUUAUUAUUAUUAUACUGUAUAUAGAAAGUGACCGGGGGGAGGACAUCUCACAGGUUAUUAUUAUUAUUAUUAUAUUAUUAUUAUUAUUAUACUGUAUAUAGAGUGUGACUGGGGGAGGACAUCACACAGGUUAUAUUAUUAUAUUAUAUUAUUAUACUGUAUAUAGAGAGCGACUGGGGGGAGGACAUCACACAGGUUAUAUUAUUAUUAUUAUUAUUAUUAUUAUUAUUAUUAUUAUUAUACUGUAUAUAGAGAGUGACUGGGGGGAGGACAUCACACAGGUUACAUUAUUAUUAUUAUUAUUAUUAUUAUUAUACUGCAUACAGAGAGUAACCGGGGGGAGGACAUCUCACAGGUUAUAUUAUUAUUAUUAUUAUUAUACUGUAUAUAGAGAGUGACCGGGGCCGAGGAGACACCGGGGGGAGGACAUCACACAGGUUACAUUAUUAUUAUAUUAUUAUUAUUAUUAUACUGUAUAUAGAGAGUGACGGGGGGGAGGACAUCACACAGGUUAUAUUAUUAUUAUUAUUAUUAUUAUUAUUAUACUGUAUAUAGAGAGUGACCGGGGGGAGGACAUCACACAGGUUAUAUUAUUAUUAUCAUUCUUAUUAUAUUAUUAUUAUUAUUAUUAUUCUGUAUAUAGAGAGCGACCGGGGGAGGACAUCACACAGGUUAUAUUAUUAUUAUCAUUCUUAUUAUAUUAUUAUUAUUAUUAUUAUUAUUAUUAUUAUUAUUAUUAUUAUACUGCAUACAGAGAGUAACCGGGGGGAGAGUAUAUAGAGAGUGACCGGGGGUGAGGAGACACCGGGGGGAGGACAUCACGCAGGUUACAUUAUUAUAUUAUUAUUAUUAUUAUUAUUAUUAUUAUUAUAAUACUGUAUAUAGAGAGUGACCGGGGGGAGGACAUCACACAGGUUACAUUAUUAUUAUUAUUAUUAUUAUACUGUAUAUAGAGAGCGACUGGGGGGGGAGGACAUCACACAGGUUAUAUUAUUAUUAUCAUUCUUAUUAUAUUAUUAUUAUUAUUAUUAUUAUUAUUAUUAUACUGUAUAUAGAGAGCGACCGGGGGAGGACAUCACACAGGUUAUAUUAUUAUUAUCAUUCUUCUUAUAUUAUUAUUAUUAUUAUUAUUAUUAUUAUUAUACUGUAUAUUAUUAUACUCUAUAUAGAGAGAGAUCGGGGUCGAGGACAUCACACAGGUUAUAUUAUUAUUAUUAUUAUUAUUAUUAUUACAUUAUUUUUAUACUGUAUAUAGAAAGUGACCGUGGGGAGGACAUCUCACAGGUUAUUAUUAUUAUUAUAUUAUUAUUAUUAUACUGUAUAUAGAGAGCGUCUGGGGGGGGGGGAGGACAUCACACAGGUUAUAUUAUUAUUAUUAUUAUUAUUAUUAUUAUUAUUAUACUGUAUAUAGAGAGUGACUGGGGGGAGGACAUCACACAGGUUAUAUUAUUAUUAUCAUUCUUAUUUUAUUAUUAUUAUUAUUAUACUGUAUAUAGAGAGCGACCGGGGGAGGACAUCACACAGGUUAUAUUAUUAUUAUCAUUCUUAUUAUAUUAUUAUUAUUAUUAUUAUUAUACUGCAUACAGAGAGUAACCGGGGGGAGGACAUCUCACAGGUUAUAUUAUUAUUAUAUUAUUAUUAUUAUUAUUAUUAUUAUACUGUAUAUAGAGAGUGACCGGGGGCGAGGAGACACCGGGGUGAGGACAUCACACAGGUUACAUUAUUAUUAUAGUAUUAUUAUUAUUAUUAUACUGUAUAUAGAGAGUGACCGGGGGGAGGACAUCACACUGGUUACAUUAUUAUUAUUAUUAUACUGUAUAUAGAGAGCGACUGGGGGGGAGGACAUCACACAGGUUAUAUUAAUAAUAAUAAUAAUAAUAAUAUACUGUAUAUAGAGUGUGACCGGGGGGAGGACAUCACACAAGUUAUAUUAUUAUUAUCAUUCUUAUUAUAUUAUUAUUAUUAUUAUUAUUAUUAUUAUACUGUAUAUAGAGAGCGACCGGGGGAGGACAUCACACAGGUUAUAUUAUUAUUAUCAUUCUUAUUAUAUUAUUAUUAUUAUUAUACUGGAUAUAGAGAGCGACCGGGGUCGAGGACAUCACACAGGUUAUAUUAUUAUUAUUAUUAUUAUUAUUAUUAUUAUUAUUAUUAUUAUACUCUAUAUAGAGAGCGAUCGGGGGAGGACAUCACACAGGUUAUAUUAUUAUUAUCAUUCUUAUUAUAUUAUUAUUAUUAUUAUUAUUAUUAUUAUUAUUAUACUGUAUAUAGAGAGCGACCGGGGGAGGACAUCACACAGGUUAUAUUAUUAUUAUUAUUAUUAUUAUUAUUAUUAUUAUACUCUAUAUAGAGAGCGACCGGGGUCGAGGACAUCACACAGGUUAUAUUAUUAUUAUUAUUAUUAUUAUUAUUACAUUAUUUUUAUACUGUAUAUAGAAAGUGACCGGGGGGAGGACAUCUCACAGGUUAUUAUUAUUAUUAUUAUUAUAUUAUUAUUAUUAUACUGUAUAUAGAGAGCGACUGGGGGGGAGGACAUCACACAGGUUAUAUUAUUAUUAUUAUUAUUAUUAUUAUUAUUAUUAUACUUAAUACUGUAUAUAGAGAGUGACCAGGGGGAGGACAUCACACAGGUUAUAUUAUUAUUAUCAUUCUUAUUAUAUUAUUAUUAUUAUACUGUAUAUAGAGAGCGACCGGGGGAGGACAUCACACAGGUUAUAUUAUUAUUAUUAUUAUUAUUAUUAUUAUUAUUUUGUAUAUAGAAAGUGACUGGGGGGAGGACAUCUCACAGGUUAUUAUUAUUAUUAUAUUAUUAUUAUUAUUAUACUGUAUAUAGAGUGUGACUGGGGGAGGACAUCACACAGGUUAUAUUAUUAUAUUAUAUUAUUAUACUGUAUAUAGAGAGCGACUGGGAGGAGGACAUCACACAGGUUAUAUUAUUAUUAUUAUUAUUAUUAUUAUUAUUAUACUGUAUAUAGAGAGUGACCGGGGGGAGGACAUCACACAGGUUAUAUUAUUAUUAUCAUUCUUAUUUUAUUAUUAUUAUUAUUAUUAUUAUUAUACUGUAUAUAGAGAGCGACCGGGGGAGGACAUCACACAGGUUAUAUUAUUAUUAUCAUUCUUAUUAUAUUAUUAUUAUUAUUAUUAUUAUACUGCAUACAGAGAGUAACCGGGGGGAGGACAUCUCACAGGUUAUAUUAUUAUUAUAUUAUUAUUAUUAUUAUUAUUAUUAUACUGUAUAUAGAGAGUGACCGGGGGCGAGGAGACACCGGGGUGAGGACAUCACACAGGUUACAUUAUUAUUAUAGUAUUAUUAUUAUUAUUAUACUGUAUAUAGAGAGUGACCGGGGGGAGGACAUCACACUGGUUACAUUAUUAUUAUUAUUAUACUGUAUAUAGAGAGCGACUGGGGGGGAGGACAUCACACAGGUUAUAUUAAUAAUAAUAAUAAUAAUAAUAUACUGUAUAUAGAGUGUGACCGGGGGGAGGACAUCACACAAGUUAUAUUAUUAUUAUCAUUCUUAUUAUAUUAUUAUUAUUAUUAUUAUUAUACUGUAUAUAGAGAGCGACCGGGGGAGGACAUCACACAGGUUAUAUUAUUAUUAUCAUUCUUAUUAUAUUAUUAUUAUUAUUAUACUGGAUAUAGAGAGCGACCGGGGUCGAGGACAUCACACAGGUUAUAUUAUUAUUAUUAUUAUUAUUAUUAUUAUUAUUAUUAUUAUUAUACUCUAUAUAGAGAGCGAUCGGGGGAGGACAUCACACAGGUUAUAUUAUUAUUAUCAUUCUUAUUAUAUUAUUAUUAUUAUUAUUAUUAUUAUUAUUAUUAUUAUACUGUAUAUAGAGAGCGACCGGGGGAGGACAUCACACAGGUUAUAUUAUUAUUAUUAUUAUUAUUAUUAUUAUUAUUAUACUCUAUAUAGAGAGCGACCGGGGUCGAGGACAUCACACAGGUUAUAUUAUUAUUAUUAUUAUUAUUAUUAUUACAUUAUUUUUAUACUGUAUAUAGAAAGUGACCGGGGGGAGGACAUCUCACAGGUUAUUAUUAUUAUUAUUAUUAUUAUAUUAUUAUUAUUAUACUGUAUAUAGAGAGCGACUGGGGGGGAGGACAUCACACAGGUUAUAUUAUUAUUAUUAUUAUUAUUAUUAUUAUUAUUAUACUUAAUACUGUAUAUAGAGAGUGACCAGGGGGAGGACAUCACACAGGUUAUAUUAUUAUUAUCAUUCUUAUUAUAUUAUUAUUAUUAUACUGUAUAUAGAGAGCGACCGGGGGAGGACAUCACACAGGUUAUAUUAUUAUUAUUAUUAUUAUUAUUAUUAUUAUUUUGUAUAUAGAAAGUGACUGGGGGGAGGACAUCUCACAGGUUAUUAUUAUUAUUAUAUUAUUAUUAUUAUUAUACUGUAUAUAGAGUGUGACUGGGGGAGGACAUCACACAGGUUAUAUUAUUAUAUUAUAUUAUUAUACUGUAUAUAGAGAGCGACUGGGAGGAGGACAUCACACAGGUUAUAUUAUUAUUAUUAUUAUUAUUAUUAUACUGUAUAUAGAGAGUGACCGGGGGGAGGACAUCACACAGG